AUGUUAUUGAUCCAUCAAGUCGGUAGUGUGCGGGUUGGGGAAGUCGUUAGAUACACAAUUACGUACACGCCAGCCUCCGACCCAAUCCUGCCUAUACCUUCGAAGUUUCACGUAAGGGUGAAGAACACAUCUGCGAUUCCGCUGCGCGCCGCAUAUCUCCAUGGCCCGUAUACGCUUUACACCGCUUGCUACCCCUCCCAGUUUGAUCCCCAUACCAAAUAUGAGCGGCAGGAUCUAGAGGGUAUGCCCCAAUUUGAGCCCUACCUGAAGGCCGGAGGCGGUUGGGACGCUGUUAUCGAUGUGCCCGCUGAAGCCCAACAGUGUGGCUCUCUGGGCCAAGGCGGACCGGAGAGGAGACAGACUGUUAGUUGGAUCAUUGAGAUUUCAUCCCAGGUAAUAUUCUCAAGUAGCGCAGCAGUCCACUUUGAGCUCUUGGUGGCCAGAGAUGAGAAAUCGCUCGCUUAUUUCUCGAACGGUUCAUGGAGUAGUGAACAUGGUCCCCCGGCGAAAUUACAAGAUCACUGGUCGCCUGACACUAGAGGCACCCAGGUGCUUGCUUCGAAUGGCGUAUACUCGAAGGCAAUCGCUCUUCAUGUCGAUGAUACGAAUAGCUUAUGGAACAAACCGCCAUUUCCCUCAAAAGACCAAGCCUCCAAAAGUGCUGAUCUGAAGAGUCAGGAUUCCCGACCAGUGCCGGAGGAUAAUGCUGAACUUCCGAGGAAAAUAGCUAAAAAAAAGAAGGUUCAUCUUGUGCUACUGACACAUGGGUUGCACAGUAACCUAGGUGCAGACAUGCUCUAUUUGAAGGAGAGUAUUGACGCAGCCAUGAGAAAUUCCAACCCGAAAACCCGUCAAGCCAAAGCUACUCAUGUCAGUCCAGUUGGAUCAGAUAAUCCAGAUAUCCCGACAAGUGAAACGAGUCAAACAUCGAGUGAUGAUUCCGACGAUGACGACGACGAACAAGUUAUUGUCAGAGGAUUCUCCGGUAAUGCCGUUCGGACUGAGCGUGGGAUUCAAUAUCUCGGCAAACGACUAGCCAAAUAUGUUCUGCUUCUCACAUAUCCCGAUCAGCCAUACUUCCCCCUGAAGGGUUCGAAGUCAAACCCAUUUACUCGACCUUUCAGUGCUCGGAAAGAGAAAGCUCAACCUUCUUCUCAUUCAGCGGGAUCGACACUUCAAGAGGAUGCCCAAGAAGUACAAAAUGAGGAUCAUGCUUAUCAGAUUACGAGCAUCAGUUUCAUUGGCCAUUCCCUUGGGGGACUGAUUCAAACAUAUGCAAUUGCAUAUAUCCAGAAGCACUCGCCUGAGUUCUUCGACAAAAUCAGACCUGUCAACUUUAUUGCUCUUGCAAGCCCGUUCCUUGGUCUCAGCAACGAAAAUCCAAUAUAUGUUCGAUUCGCAUUGGAUUUGGGACUAGUUGGCCGUACUGGCCAGGAUCUCGGGUUGAGUUGGACAGCCCCCAAAAUUCGAAGUGGUUGGGGAGCCAUUAUUGCUGGAAGAGGAGAGUCGGCAAAAGAACCUGGCCAUACAGAUCCUGGUUCCAAACCGCUUCUACGUAUUCUCCCUUGUGGUCCUGCCCACAAGGUUCUGGGCAAGUUUCAGCAUCGUACAGUGUACUCAAAUGUGGUGAAUGAUGGAAUUGUUCCACUAAGGACAUCUUCUCUCUUAUUUUUGGAUUGGAAAGGCCUGGAUCGCGUUGAAAAGGCGAGGAGGGACAAUGGGCUCGUUGGGACUAUGGCUGAAUGGGGCUGGGCCGAGUUGACCGGUGCCAACUCGAAGUCCCCGCGAUUGGGUCGCUCUGAAGAACCAGCUAUAGGUCUUUCGACAACAGAGAGUGUUACUCAAAGUACACACAUUGCACCCCAAGUCUCCCCAAACCAUCGAGUUGGCAAAUUGGACGACCCCACGAUCUCUCCGAGUCAGGGACAAUUCUUGGUACAGCCCAGUCGUGUGAUCGACCAGACGAUCCCAGAAGAGGCCGUGCUACCGAAUAACCCCUCGGCAAAUGCGUCCCUCGGUCCUUUGGACACCUUUUUCUCAUUGUUUCGCCCAAAGGAGAGCAAGGGUCUUCCUAAUGGCAAGAAUGCUAGAAUAUACCGUCGAAGCCAAACUAUAGGCUCCUUUGAAGCUGCUGAUAGCGAUGGCACAGCGUCAGUCGCUGAUAGCCACACCGGACAUGAGAACGAGGGGGUGCACACACCUCCGAAGACGACCUUUUUCGAAUGUGCGGGAGAUUUGCUGAUGCCGCCUCUACCAUCUCCGGAUUUCAUUUUGGACCCUGCCUCGCGGCCCCGGACAAUUUUCCAUGACCGUAUCUAUCAUCCAGAGGAUAUACCACCACCACCACCGGCUAAGCGGCAUACAUUAUCAUUUGGCCCGUUGCAUCACAAGCAAUCGAAGUCGGUUCCCACUCAGCCUCCCUCUGCUAGCAUUGGUGACAAGGGAAGUGGUCUCAAGGUCGAAGAAAAAAUUGCGAGAGCCUAUCACCGUGAUUUGUCAUGGCGGAAGGUACUUGUUCGGCUUGAGCCCGAUGCCCACAACAACAUCAUUGUGCGGCGUAUGUUUACCAAUGCCUACGGUUGGCCCGUCGUGAAGCACUUGGUCGAUACCCAUUUCAGCCACACGCCUGUUGCGGACAUUGACGAUUCUCUGAAGCAAAAUGUGGAAAGGGCCAAGUCUCCAAAUGUUAGCCCGACUAGUUCGGGUGAUGAAAUUGAAGGGCAGUCCGACCCUGUCCAGCCAACUUUGGCAAGAGGCGCAAACACUUUGCCAGAUUUAUCGGAACUGCAUAUAUCAGCUGGAUCUCCUGGCCAGGCCGACACCUUCCCGGCCGAAUUUGAAUCCCGCAAGAGUACCAGCGAAGGAGCCAGUGUAUCAAGACAGGAUUCUGCACGAUGGACUGAUCGCGAAAUUGUCGAGGAUGACAGCGGGUCCGGUUUCGAGGGGGAAACCAAUGCUGAUUUCCGGUGGCAGGUUUCCAGAUAA